GCCCAGGGCCGCCCACACUGGAGGGCUGGGGUGAGGGAAGUGGAGCCUCUGUCCGUGGGGCCUCUGCGCCGAAUUCCGACCCUGGGCGGCAGGCUGCAUGGUCCCCGCUGUGGCCUGGGGCCUAAUUCCCUGGGCUGCAGCGAGCGCCGGCGGCGAAGGGGAGCCCGGGGCCCGGCCGGCUGCCACCCACCCACGCCUCCGGGUCUCGGGUCCCCACACUGCCGCGGGCAGUGCAGAAGCCUUGGAGGCAGCCAGGCUCCCAGGCCGCGCUGCGCGGAGCAGCCACCUCCCCAGUUAAGGCCAGGCCCACCCGGCCUGGGCCUCUUCCUGUGCCUCUUCCUGUGCCUGCACUGUCCGGAUAGUGAGGUCAGGACCCCAUGGAGAGCAGUCCGCGCCGGGAGACGGUGGAUCGUUGGAACGCUCAAACGAAACAACUGCAAACAGCUGUCUCAAAUGUGGAGAAGCAUUUUGGAGAACUGUGCCAAAUCUUCGCUGCCUAUGUGCGGAAAACUGCCAGGCUGAGAGACAAAGCCGACCUCCUGGUGAAUGAAAUCAAUGCGUAUGCUGCUACAGAGACCCCACAUUUAAAGCUGGGCCUGAUGAACUUUGCUGAUGAGUUUGCCAAACUUCAGGAUUAUCGACAAGCAGAGGUUAAAAGACUUGAAGCCAAAGUGGUUGAACCCUUGAAAGCUUAUGGGACCAUUGUGAAAAUGAAACGGGAUGACCUCAAGGCAACAUUCACAGCAAGGAAUCGAGAAGCUAAGCAAUUAACUCAGUUAGAAAGAACACGUCAGCGAAACCCAUCUGAUCGACAUGUUAUUUCACAGGCAGAAACGGAAUUACAGAGAGCUGCAAUGGAUGCUAGCCGAACAAGUCGUCAUCUGGAGGAAACUAUUAACAACUUUGAAAGGCAGAAAAUGAAGGAUAUAAAGACUAUAUUUUCUGAAUUUAUCACAAUCGAAAUGUUAUUUCACGGCAAAGCUUUAGAGGUCUACACUGCUGCCUACCAGAAUAUACAAAACAUUGAUGAAGAUGAAGAUUUAGAGGUUUUCCGAAAUUCUCUGUAUGCACCAGAUUAUUCAUCUCGUUUAGAUAUUGUACGAGCAAAUUCAAAGUCACCUCUUCAGAGAUCACUGUCAGCUAAGUGUGUAUCUGGAACAGGACAGGUAUCCACUUGUCGACUAAGAAAGGAUCAACAAGCAGAUGAUGAUGAGGAUGAAGAGUUAGAUGUUACAGAAGAAGAAAAUUUUCUUAAGUAAACUACAUGUUUCCAUUUUCAUCAUAAAUGACAUGGAAUCCACAAUGACUAAACUAUAGAACUUUAUACUCACUUUGAUAUGUUAAGCCUCAAAGUGAAGUCCAACUGGCAACAGAAAAAUAAUUAAAGGAAACUUAUGCUGACCAAAAAUGAAGGCUUUAAAAAAUAUUACAUACCAGUCAUUUCAACAUCCUACCUAGUGUUAGGUGAUUUUUGUGUAAGUACCUUUUUUUCCCAAAGAUGGUGUAUUUCAAAGUAUUUCAUAUUAAUGUACUAUCUACUUGAAGUUCCAAUAGUACAUUAUGACAGAAACCAAAAGAUCUAACAAUUCUGCUUAGCUUUUUGGUUAGACUCCAUGCUUUCAUUACCAGAAAAGGGUCCUAUGUAGUCAUUCUGAUUACAUGUAAUUCUAUUCCAUGAAGCCUUAAGAAAAAAUAUUUUUUUUUACUUUCCCUUAAAACUUUAUCAUUUGAUAAGUAAAUUUACUUUUCAAGAGUAUAAUCAAAGAAUAAAGAUAAUGUGACACUAAGAUAUCAAUGUGUUAUGAAUACACAUAAGGCAUAAAUUUCAGCUGUAAAAAAAGCCACAUUCAAUCUGACUCUGGUUUUAAAACAAAACUGCUGUCAUACUUAUACAUGAUACUGCAACUUUUGGAAGGCUAAUUUAGUGGAAUGUUGCCUCAUCACAGAACACCAUAAAUCAUUAAAAAUUCUAUAAAAAUUUUACCAAGCUACCAUGCAGUUAAUAAAAGGGUAUACAAUCACUUUUAUUUCUGAAAAUAUAAAACAAUUGGAGCCUUUCAGUGUCUCUGAUGCUUCUCUUUUGGUAAGGAAUUAUACUUUUAUUUCAUGGAUCCCAGGCAGGCAUAUAAAAGGGAAUUUAUAAAAUCAUUUGGGAUAAUUAGAAAAUGCAAUUAUUCAUAACAGAAAAAUAAAGAUUUCUAGAAAGCUUUUGACUUUGUCAUUCAUGGCUCGUAACAAAGCACUCUUUCCUGAGAAUAGUCCUAAGUGACAAAGUUAUUUCAGUACUUUUUUUAAAACCCUAAAUAAAUUGAUAUUAAGAAACUCAAGAUUAUCAUUGGAUAUUUACUGCUUCCUCACUCAGUAUUUAAAUUUGGUUGUAGUUCAGGGGAAAACAGUUAUUAUAUUUAUUUUGCUGUUUACUAAAUAGCAACUUCUCUUGAGCAUUAUUUGCCUUAUUUGUAAAGUUAAAACUGCAUAAACCAAUAAUUCUAGAAUAAAACAUACAUUCUGCCUACCUCAGAGAAAUAUUCUAAGAACAAAAGGAAUACUAUCCAUGAAAAUACUUUCAUUAAUGUAAAAUUUUCAUUAUUUAGACCAGACCUAGGUUGGCAAACUUCUUAAAGGGCCAGAGAGUAAACAUUUUUACUCUUUGUGGGUUGAGGCAAAUUCAAGACUAUUAUACAGGUACUUAUGUAACCAUUUAAGACUUAAGUACACUUAAAAAUGUAAAAAAACCUUCCUAGCUUCCCACUGCAACAACAACAAAAAACAGGCAAUCAAUCCAAGCAACCCAGCCUGUAAGUCUCCAUCUCUUAUCUCUAAAAUAGGAAUACAAAUUGAGUAUCUUUUAUCUGAAGUGCUUGGGACCAGAAGUAUUUAAGACUUUGGAUUUCUUCAGAUUUUGGAGUAUUUGCAUUAUACCAGUUCAACAUUCCUAACCCAAAAAUCUGAAAUCUUAAAUGCUGCAAUGAGCAUUUUCUUUGAGCAUCAUGUUGGCACUCAGAAAGCUUGCAAUUUUCGGAGCAUUUGAAAUUUCAAAUUUCCAGAUCAGGAAUACUCGACCUGUAGUACAUUUACUAGGAUUAUCAGAAUUAAAUGAUAGUUAAUUCAUACAUAAUUAUACAUCAUAUAGUAUCUAAUACACCUCAAUAAAAACAGCUAUUAUUUACUGCAAAAACAGAGGCAGCAAGGUCAGUACUUAACAGGUGACAUAUGGAUCAAGAACCACUGCUCUUAACAGUGAUGUCAGUAAAUUAAUAGAAAUGCAUUCCUAAUAUGAUUUUUACCUAUCUCUUGGUUGUUGGAUUGAUUUUCUAGACAUGAUCUACAUUUUUUUAGAUACUUUCUAGACAAAAAUGUUUAAGACAAAUGCCACUGGAUAUCAGACUAGAGAAUACACCUCCAGUGUACCUGGUAUACCUUGAGGACAGCAGAGGAAAAACUGGCUAUGAGAUGACAAUUACUGAAGCUGAGUGAUGUGUACAUGAAAAUUUACUAUUCUUUUUUUAUAUUUGAAAUUGAUGAGGUGCUGGGAAGCUGGCUCUCUGAGGGGACAAUGGAAGGGGAAUUCCUUGAUUUGCUGCAUUUAUCAAUUUCCAUGGUGUAAAAUACUCCUGUCAUGGCCAAUUUGUUAUUGACAUAUCACUAAAGGCAGAGUUGGAGAGAGAUGUGCAAAGAUGGCUCCCAACUAGAAGACACCACUUCUGUAAUAAACAUUUUAUAAUGAAAUUUAAAAAUAUUAAGCCCUGAUAUAUUAUGGAGUAAAAUGAAAUAUUCACAUAAUUUAAAAAUCAAAAUACAAGGCUGGGCACAGUGGCUCACACCUGUAAUCCCAACACAUUCUGGGAGACCAAGGAGGGAGGAUUACUUGAGGCCAGGAGGCCAGAAAUUUGAGAACAGCCUGGGCAACACAGUGAGACCCUGUCUCUACAAAUUAAAAAAAAGUUAGCCAGACAAGAUGGCACACACCUGUAGUCCCAGCUCUCAGGAGGGUGAGGCAGGAAGACAGCUUGAGCCCAGGAGUUAGAAGCUGCAGUGAACCAUUAUCAGACCACUGCACUCCAGCCUGGCCAACAGAACAAGACUCUGGCUCUUAAAAUAAUAAAACUACAAAGCUUAUGUUUACUAUAGCUGGCCUCUUAACUACCACCACCAUCCCACCUCAGCCUAGUUUGAAAAGCAGUUCCACAGUAAGUAAUUCCUCACGUUAAGCUUCAUCUUAGCUUUAUUCCUUUGUAUUUGAGAAGUACUUUUUAACUUUCCAUAUAUUCAAGAUGGGUGACCAAAUGAACCAUCUAUACAAUCUCUGCUCAAUUAAAAAUAUUUCUUUCUACUUUAUUUAUUGUGCUUGGUUUGGAUAUUCCAAACAAUUUAAUGUUAUCCUAGCUACUUACAAGCUUAAAGAAUCAUACUGCGAAUCUUUAGAAUCAAAUUUUUGUAUCAAAUUUACCUGUUUAUUCAUUCCAUAGUGAGCAGGAUAUUCACUAUUUAAAACAAAUUUAAGCAGAUUUGUUAGAUUUCUUUAAAUCACUAAGAAGUAACACAAAAAUACAUAUAGGUAGUAACUAAGUACUGACAAAGUAUUCUACCUAUGCAAUAUCCUAUUAAAUGUCUAAAUUACCCUAUGCAAAUUCAAUUGUAUUCUUAUUUACUCAAUGGGGAAAAUCUGGAUUACAGAACUGAGGAAAAUGAUGUUUUAUGAAAAUUAUAAAAGGCCAACCAGACUCAAUCAUGUUGAAUAAAAUGAGCAAUUGUGAAAUAUAAGCCAGUAAUAUACAAUGUGCGUAUCCCAAGAGAAACUCUGGAUAGAAAGAAUCUCAAAGUCACUCGGGUUUUAUUAAUGUUAAUGUUUGAGCUCAAUGUUUGAGCAUGCUGGUUUUACCUUUUUAUGCUAAUUUUAAACCAACAACCGAAGUGAGAAAAUAUAUCACUUAUCUUUGAAAGUAUCUUUAGCAUGGUCUUCCUAAUUAAAAAUACCACUUAAAAAAGUGAGGCAGUAAAAGCAUGAACUGGAGUCAGUCGUCUGUCUGGGUUAAAACUGGCCCCAUGAUUUAUUACCUGUGACUUCAAGCAAGUUGCUUAACCUCCCACUUCAUUAUCUCAUUUGUGAAAUAGAGGUAAAUAAUUAAACCUGUACUCAUAGGGAAUACUGAGAUUAUGCAUGUAAAGUGCUUACAGUGCCUAGCACAUAGUAAGUGCCUAAUAAAUGUUAGCCAUAAAUAUUAUUAUGGGUACAGAAAAUCAAAUUCCCUAUUUGCAAAAUGUAUGCACUAAAUGCUGAAUAUCAAAGAAGUCAAAAUUCAACCACACCAGUCUUAACAGUUAUGGAGUCUUUGCAUGGACACAAAGUUUUGAAGCUAAAAAAUGAGAACCUAAUAUUACAUGCAAGUUAUGUGACUCAUCAGUAAAUUCUUCCUAGGAAAACUAUACCAUUUGUCAGAUUCUUCCCAGCAUAAGCCUGAGUCCUCUUGCACCUAUAAUUAGAUUCUUAUUUUACUGUCUUUUGCGUAUGUUGUAUUAAUCGUAUUUCGUUGAUAAGAUGUUGAAGAAACCAUGGAAUUAUACACAGCACUAUACAUUAUUACUAUAGAAUGUCUGGUCCCUCCCAUCAUAAAUAUGGUUUAAUGAAUUUACUGAAAAACUUCACAGUAUCAAGCUGCAAUUCUUUUUUCUUUUUAUACAAAUACAAGUUAAUUAGUUGUUCUAUUAAGUUGCAAUUUUAUUGUUAUAAAACUUUGUAAAGUUACGAACAUGGAAACCCUAAGAAUCACCUAACCUUUUUACAUAAGUAAAUUUCAAGUUGACAGUCUGUCCAUUUUGAACUAUUUGUAAUUAACAGGACACUUAACACAGUAAUAUCUCAGACAAGGAAGAGGGCAUUAAUUCUGCAGGCAAGUAGCAAUGAAAAUGCCAAACCUGAACAGUCACUAUUUCCUUAUACAGUUUGAGUAAACGAUGUAGACUACAGAAUGGGGGGGGGGGGGGGGG